CGCACCGUCGUCUGGCCCGGGGGCCUGUCGCCGCCAUGGCGGAGUGGGGCCGAGGUCAGAGUCCAAGCGCCAUGGAGGAUAUGUUAGAUGCUGAGAACAAGCGCAUGGCAGACAGCCUGGCCAGCAAAGUCACCCGGCUGAAAUCGCUGGCUUUGGACAUUGACAAAGAUGCUGAUGACCAGAACCAUUAUCUGGAUGGCAUGGAUUCAGAUUUUAUGAGUGUGACUGGCCUGCUGACCGGCAGUGUGAAGCGGUUCUCCACCAUGGCCCGAUCGGGGAGGGAUAAUCGCAAGUUGCUCUGUUACGUUUCUGCAGGACUGAUCGUUGUCUUCUUCAUCCUCUACUAUCUUGUGUCAAAAUCAGGGACUUGAGCAUGGUUGUCGUGUCAGAAAUGUUACAGACCAAAAAUCAUGUGUUGUUUGAUGGACUUAUUGAAAGCCUUUUUCAUUCUGCCCUGUUGUGGAGUCUUUGAGACAUUCCAAGCAGUCCAAAUAACUUUUCUGUUCCCCAGCUUACUGUCAGUGAUCGGGCUGGUCUUGGACGUAUCUUUAUAAAACGUUUGUUUCAUUCUACACUGACUUUCACCUGUAAAAUGAUUUUGAUGUUGUUAAUGCCUAAACUUUCAUCUCCUGCCUUGUUGUCCACGUYCUUCAGCCUGUUUUCAAUGGACACCUUUGUGUUGGCAGUGUUACUGAUAUUACUAAACUCGGAAAGACUUGUGUCAGACAAAAUCCAGAGACUCGGUGCGCAAAAGUUUAGCAAGAAGUCCAGAAGCUGCUCAUUUUAGGACUGCUGAUUWAUGAGGUUUGGAGGUAUGAACUUGGGACUUGUAUUGCAAGCUGAGCCACUUGGCUCAUACACAGUCUUAGUUUCACUUUGUCUUGGAGGCAUGUUAAUAACCUAGAUGUUACUGGGUUGGAGUUAAAUUUGUACAGUUUUGAAAUUAAGUCAGCACUAUAUCUGGAUCCCGGUGCACUAUAAUUGCUGCAGAGGAGCAAGAUGUUGAGUGAUAGCUUGGCUUUAUUUAUUAUCUUUCUAGGUGAAGCUGAGUGGACACUGCAGGAAAAGAAGGGCCAAAGUCCCUAAGUUGCCAUUAUUUGCACAUGUAUAGCAUCAUCCCACACACUUGAAAACACACUCCCCUAAACUCUUUUAAAUAUAAAUACUCAAUCAAUGUCCCCUUUUCAAGACUGCUUGCUUCAGCCUUCAUACAGUUCAUUAUACUUAUUACCAUAUCCCUGUACUACAGUGCUUUGGAAAGACAUUGUGCAGUUAAAAACAGAGCUUGUGGGCGAGUCCUGAAGUCCAUCUUGUUGAGUUAGUGGUUGGAGGACAGAGACAGAUUUGAUCUGAGAGUUGACAGAUUUUUUUUUUUUUAGUAGAUGGUAACCAAAGAAACUCUAACUUGCUGUCCAGUGCUGCUGGGAUCCUGCGAUGUCUGUGUGAGAUGUGUGGCAAAGCACAUCCAUACAUGUUGUGUUUAUAGAGCAAUCAUUCCCUGUGAAGAUGCCACAUCGGCCUCCUCUCCUGAGGCACUGGAUUUAGCUCUCGGUCUCAGAUGAUCAAGAGUAGAGCAGCUUUUAGGGCCUUGGAAAAGACUUCUCUUUCCCCUUUCCAUACGUUGGGCUGAUCAGUCUCUUUACUCAUGUCACUACUCUGUGUUUCUUCUUCCGUAGCUGAUCUAAGUCUGCCUCUAAUCAGAAGAAAAGAUCUGUAACUUCCAAAAAACACUGUGCCUGUUGAAUGAAGCARCAAAGAAACAAAGCCUCUUCGGGGGCAAAACCCUCACUACCUAUUGCAUAAACCUUUUACUGUACAAAGCAGCUGUGCAUUUCAUAGUCUGGUUUCUGUACCAAGUGCUGAUGUGUUCUGCUUUUCUUUGUUGCAACUCUUUGCUUAUUUUGUUCCCUUAUCCUCCUGUAGCAACUACCUCUCCAGGACUAAAGUUUUUCUCCUCUUUCACAGUCCAUCUGUCUAACAGGUCAUCACUCAUCAAAACAAUUAUGUGUUUUAUUUGUCCUUGCUGUUGUGUCUUUAGGAAUUCCCUCUUGCCUGGACUAAGCUGGGUCUAAAGCUAAGCAGACUGUACUGUUGCUUGCUUAAAAAGCACCAAACAUGUAACAAAGUAAUUCUGUAAUUUGAUUGUGUGUCUUCUUUUUUUUGUUUGUUUGAGUUUGGGGGAGAAGGUGCAAUGAAGGUGAACAGGCAAGGA